UCCUUCUGAGCCCCUCCUCUCGUGUUGACACGGUUUCAUUUGAAUGUCUCUCUAACUACAUCGCUUUUUCCCCUUGAGCUCUCAGUUGUAGUUGUGAUCUGUUAGCAUGCUCAUUUGACCCUGCAGCUGACAGGUGAAUUAGCCGCUGCGUUCUGGACGUCUCUGCGAACAUAAACAGAAGGGAAGAAGAGGGGAAAGCACUGGCUUGUGGAUGUUCGGGACUUUGAUUACAGCUUUCUGAGUAUUUUGGCUCCGUCUAGUUUGAACUGUUUGUUCAUUAUUAGCAUUUAAGUGGAUAAGGAAGAACUUUCCUGAGAAGUAGUACAGAAAAACAUUAAUUUUUAUUUAGUUUGUAUUUUGUGUUGAGUUAUUACCUAGUGCAAACCACACCUAUUUGUGAGUUUUAUUAAGAACUUUAUUAAGUAGAUAAGGGUCCAUUUGUUUUAAACUAAUUAAUUUAUUCAAAUUAAACAAUGAGGGACAGACUCUAUUCUGGACAGUUCAAGGAACAAAGAAUACAGGACAUAAAGCAUCUCUACCAGCAGACAACUUUCUGAAUUGUGUUUUGGGCUUUUUUUUUUUUUUUGUGGCCAAUCAAAAGUUUGUAAGGACAUUUUUAUUGCCAAAUCAACAUCUAAUGGAAGGACAGCAUAGCUUGGUGCCAUCCUUAUCCACCCUACUUGGACUGCAGUUGUUUCUGCUGCUUCUGCCAUUGACAGAAAGUGUGACCGUAGUGCCAUGGAAACCCUGUUCAGAUCUCCAUCCAGUGGACCUGUUGUCUCGAGUGCUGCCCCGAAACGGAGAGGCUCUGGCUGGGAUCCAGACGGAGGUCCGUGUGACUCUGGGGUCUAAACCAGCAUGUACUGCGGCAGAACUGGGACAACUCUGGUUUGAUACUCUUAAAAGAGGCCUUUUCCUAUGUGAUGGUGCAUACUGGCACUCUAUGUUGCAAGAGAAAGACAGACUACACUACGUAGACGAUUACCAGGACCUCUACACCACCUCAGAGACUCUGGACAUUGAGCUUUUCCAGAUCCCCUCUGUUGGGCUGUUUGCUGCUAUGGCUCAUCAGGCUAACAAACCAGGCUCUGCCAUCUACCGCUGGAACCACGGCCAAUUCCAGCUCUACCAGAACAUCAGCACCUUUAAAGCCCAGGCAUGGAAACAGUUCACUAUAGGGAGGAAGAUGUUCUUGGCAGUGUCGAACUCCAUGGGUCCAGUGGACGGAGAGCGAGAGCUAUCUGUGAUCUAUCGGUGGAGUAAUAAGAGGCUGAAGUUUGUGCGUUAUCAGACCCUGGAGACGCACAGUGCAUGUGACUGGGAGGCCUUUCAUAUUAAUAAUGAAGCUUUUUUACACUCUGUGGCUAAUCACAGAACAGAGACUGGCAAUCACAACAUUGACAGCAUUGUUUAUAAGUGGAACCCAGGCACCAAGACGUUUGAGGUGAACCAAACCAUCUCGACAUCAGGAGCUUAUGACUGGGAGUUUUUCACCGUAGGACCCUACCACUUCCUAGCAGUGGCCAAUGCAUUUGAUGGCACCUCCACCCAAACAGAUUCAUCCAUCUACAUCUGGCUUGGUGGAGCUUUUCAGCUUUUUCAGACUAUAAGGACAUUUGGGGCUACAGACUGGGAGAUGUUUCAGAUUGGAAACAGAGUCUUCCUAGCUGUUGCCAAUGGACACAUGCUGUGUGAGAGAGGACCAAGCCUCUAUACCAUCAACUCAACUAUAUAUGAACUUGAUGUGACAACCAAGAUGUUCCUCAAAUUCCAAGACAUUGUAACAUACAGUGCGGUGGACUGGGAAUUAUUUUCUGUUGGAGAUGAACACUUCUUAGUCGUAGCCAACUCUUACGAUGGAUCAUCUUACUCUUUGAACAGUGUUAUAUACAGAUGGCAGGGAUAUGAGGGUUUUGUUCCUGUCCAUCGGUUGCCUACUAUUGGAUGCAGUGACUGGGAGUUCUUUACCUCAGCAGAGGGUUCAUACCUGAUGUACUCCAGUGCCAAAGCACCUCUCUCCAAAGUCUUCAAGCUCAGGAUCCACUGAAGCCACAAACAAUAGUUCAGUUUUUGCUUAUUUUUACCACAUGCCACAGAAGUUGAUUGAACUGAAUCGUUCUCUUUCACUAGUGACUUCUGCCUUGACUAACACUUUGAUGAGAAUCUCUUUAAUGUCAGAGAAGUCAAUCAAGCUGAAAGGGGUGGAAUAUGGAGUUUGAUAGUUGCUGUAAACUACCUCAUCUGCAUAAAAAGCACUGUCAAGAUGAAAGAGAGUCUUUCAGUGGUGACUCUCUCAAAUGUGUACUCAAAUCAGUUCAGUUUAAAACUGUUUAAAUUACAUUGAUAUUUUUCUAACGAUUAAUGCUGUUUUAUUAUUAUUAUUAAUGACAUUUAUACAGCCUAUA